GAAAAAACAUCUAAGUGCUUUCUACAAUAAACUGACCAUCAUCAGCAUAAGCAUUUGCAGAUUUCUCAAGAAAACUUUAUUUUGUCCUUCAGUGAUUUGAUUUUGAAUUUGAUAAAUCAUUUCCUUUACGUUGUUAUUUCUAGCGAACAAGCACAGCAAAAGAAAUGUCCAACAUGAACGCGGGUCGGCGCGCCAGUACCACCCUGAACAAUACCGCUGCGUCCAAUAACGCAAACGUCGACGCCUCGAUCGACCAGAAACAGCGUGGCGUCUCCCUCAUCCAGCAGGGCAAUGCGGUGGACCGGAAGAACUUUUUUGAGAACAUUCAGUCGAAGGAGUACCGCGCCAAACAGGGUUCCAUCGGCGGAAACGUGGAUGCGGGCAUUGACAAGUUCGGGCAAACAAACGCCGACGAAGACUACGACCCCCGCACGGGCAAGAAGUGGGCUGCGCGGGGCCAGAACUCGGUUCUGAUGCAGUCGAUGCAAAGAACCAGCACGGUCUUUGUGGACCAGACCAUCUACCGGGAGGGGUUGAUUCUGCCCCAGUUUCUCCGGAACCUCUUCGGGAUUACCACGCCGCAAUCCUACCUGCGCUUGUCCUCCAGCCUCCGGGCCAGCAGCCUAAGGGAUGCCGGGGUCUCGGAACGCCAGAGCAUAUGGGAGUACAAAUCCGAUAAUUGUUUUCCCGCCACUUCGGCCUGCGUGGGUUGAAGAUGUAGAAGAAGUGCAUUUGUCUUGCAAUAAAGAACAGUGCCUGCUCCUAGGUAGUAGCUGCUACUGGUACACUGUCUGCAGGUUGAUGCAAGAUUAGUUGCUGAAAAAGAAUCAGAAUAUGAUCAUCAUUCGGCCUUCCUCAAAACAUGCCUUGAAAUCGAAACUUUGCAUCACAAAAGUGAUUGUGAUGUGCAUUUUGUGCAUGACAAACUUGGACUCAGAAUAAAAAUCGUGUUUGUAAAUUGCAUAAUCCUCGAUGCGAUCUUCCACGGCUUCUUCCGAGGGUUCGAUGGAGGAAGAAGAAGCGGUUUCUUUCCUCUUCAAACUCCUUCUCUUGCCGGCGUACGCAUCGCAAAAUUGUUCUACAUUUACGGGACCGCAUCACAAAUUUUUUCAGCAUGAAUUGAAAUGAUAAAAUCAAUGUUCAAAACUUGAAAUUCUGAUGCGAGCUAUGAUGUGUCACAUCAUAGCUCGCCCCAGAAUUGCUCACCGCAUGACAGAAUGUGCUGUCUUCACAGUGAGGACUAUAAUGCUAUCAUGCGGCAUUCCGUAGCAAAACGUAGACGAAGAUUUUGCUGGGCAUACCUUCUUUCUCCUGGCUGACUUUAUCGAGGCGCCGUUUGUAUCCUGUGCAAAAGUAUCGUACUCGUACUAAUUGCAAAUAUGCAUGACAAAUGUUCUUCUGAAGGCAAAACAGCAUAACAAGUUCCACUCUCUCGUCUCGUGCCAAAAUUUGUAAUGCAAUUCAUACUACUAGUACGAUACUUUUGCAAUGCAUAGUUUGUCUUCCUGCAGGAGUACACGGCGUUGACCUUCUGCUUGCUGUAUCAACUGCAAAAUAAAUGUCUGGGUCUGGAAGGAUGCGAACUUGUGAUGCUCCAUUUGGAUGCUACAAAAAUCUGUAUUGCAUGAACAGCAAAAGCGGUCCAGUUUUUGCCCCGGCGAGAGGGAAUUUCUCAUGCGGAAUAGGCAUGACGAAGCCCGCAAAAAAUCUGUGAUGCUAGGGCAUCCAUCACAGACGUCAGGAGUCAUGCAAAAAAUGCAUGACAAACCCAGCAACAUUCCAGACCCAGACACUUUUGCAUUUGAUAUGCUGCUCUCCCUCGGCGUGUACUCCACGGACGUGCUCGAAUCGCGGUCCGUCGUGAUCCACCCGAUCUUUGGGCAGCAGGAGGAUGACCUGCUUUCCACCGUCGUUGAUUCCGUCGUCUACGGCCCGGCCAAUUACGUUUUCCAGCAACCGCAGUCCCGCGUGUUCUACGGCCCCGAGCUGCCGGUGCUAAACCCGCUCUCCUACGCCUACACCCCGCUGUCCGGCUCCGCGGAGUUGGCUAAGGCGUUGGUGCCCUACGUGCCGCCGAUGGAUUUCUACCCGUUUUCCGGCAAGGGCUUUGCCUUCUCCACGCUGUUCGGCAACGGGAGCUCCGUGGGCUCCUACAGCGACAAGGGGUUUAUGUACUUCGGAUACGGGGAGUCGUUCACGAAGUUUCUGAUGGAAAUCUUCAACUUCCUCCUGCAGCGGGAGCUGGACAUCUUCUCCCGCGCCGGCACCUGGAUGGCCAGUCGGAUGACCGUGGUGUGAAGAAAGGGACGGGGUGGAGGAUAAGUUUUUAUUUAUGACGGCAGAGGUUCGCGACUCGUUAGGCACAGACACGACUCGUUUUGCAAGAUGAUCCAUGCUGUCUGCCGCUGUCGAGACAACUAGUAGGGCUGUGCUUUACAUCACAUUUAAAAAACAAAACCCUGCUGGUCCAAGUUCGCUUAUACAUAUGACGACGAUCACCACUUACUUCAUCUGUGUAAGUAAAUUACUUAAUCGAAUUUUGAGAAUCUGAUGACCAAAUGUGACAUUCUGAAUUUGAUCUUGACAUAUACUUUUUUUUUUGCCUUUCAAGGAGAAGCUCUCGUGGCCUCUGAAUGUAUAAAAUAAUUGUACCUCCAUAAUUCAGUACCAAUGCCCCCGUCGAAGGACGGAUGUCGCAUGCAACUUGAUCGGCUCUUGAUUUCAUUUUGACAUUUUAUGUAAAUCACACUUACGGCUGUACAUGCAUUGCAACGAUUUUUGUGUUGAGUGAAUGUUAUAUGGCACAGCUCGCUAUUGAAA